CCCAAACUUCCUUCACUUUCACCUUCUUCCUCACCACCCACUCACUAACUGCCCUUUCAACCCGCCCUUCUAUUCUACAUGGUCACUCUUGUUCUCUUCAGCUAGUGGUCUUAAUCGUAACUCUUUCGAUACGCUUGGUAACGCGAUCUGCCCUGUUGGCGGCGUCGGUCUCCCUUUGAGCUCUGUUCUUGACCGUACAAGCAAACCGCCACCACAACAAUGCCGUCCUUUCCAUCUCGACCUCUAGUCCGGCCGAGGGACGAUGGACUCCAGUUAAGCUAUCAACUGCCUCAUCGUGUACACGCAGCUACAGGCUACCCCCUCCUGGCCCCCAAUGGCUCGUCGAUCGUUGUUUACGGUUAUGAGACUGGACUGAAGGUAGUCUGGAGGGGAGGAAGACACUUUUCCACCGAGAAGCCUUCUGCCCCGAAAGUGGACAAACCGCAGAAAGCCAGCAACGCCAAUGAUGAUGCGGUCAUGAUUAUUGAUUCCGAUGAGGAGAGCAUGGCGGAGACCCAGCAGACUCAGCAAGAUGAAGAGCCUACCUACCAGUUCGAAGAGGACGAAACCGAGGUGGACCCCUUCCACCCUUACGACGAUGUCUUGCGCCAGCUUGAUAUACCCCUUGGAAGCAGAGUCCUCCAGCUGGCUGUGCCUCGUGUCCUCCCCGAAACAGCGCGCUCUUCGCUCGAUCCAUUUCCCCCGGCUCUGAAGAAGGACAUCAUCAUCGCUGCUGUGUGCGCAGACUAUUCUACUCGCAUUGUAACUCUGCCUUUGCUGCCCCCUCACCCUACGCAAAGCGACUUCAGCAUUCAGACGAUCUCAAUUAGUGGUGGAGUAUCACACCAGGAGAUCCCGCGGGGAGUUAGCAUCGCCUUCACCUAUCAAGGAAUUGAUCAGCAAGAUCAGGAUACAUCUUCAAACCAUGGUUCAUCCCGCUCGUCUACAGGAAGGUGGGAUCUCCUCGUCGCAACACAUUCAGCUGAGUCGUCUGGUCUCUUGAUUAUUCAUCGGAUUCCGGUCGCAGAGGAGGAGAAGGCGCGCGGCACUGUAUAUCGUUUGUGCGAUGAUGAGAUUGAGACUAAGCGACGGCACUUGCCCGCCCCUGCUGUGAACAUCUCUUUCAAUCCCUCGGGUUACCCUGCCCUUCGACACUCCACGUUGCUCGUUGCGUUCCACAGCGGCUGUGUCAAGGUAUACUCUUGCUUCUCCACGAAACCACUCAAAGCCUCGCGGAGGUCGUCCGGGGCCCAGAGCGAAUUUGAGACCGUCGACACGGAAGGGAAAUGGUUGAUCAGUCUGUACCCCGGUUUUGAGCAAUCUGCUUCGGGACUCCCUCGACGGAAGAUCAUCACUCACGCAGAAUGGGUGCUUGGAGGGCGUGCCAUCUUGGUCCUCACGUCGGAUGGCGAAUGGGGUGUCUGGGAUUUGGAAGGGGCUGGCCCCGGGACCAUCAAAGGUCCGCUUCAGCGACAGUCCAGUGUGCAGGGAGUAACAGGUGGUUCACUGACAACGUUUUCCGUCAGCGGUCGGAUUCUGAGUCCCCUGCCUGGUGCCAGUCGUUCUGAGACAAGCGGACCUUCCUUCGAACAACGGCCCAAAUUUGCGCCCUUGACGCCGUCUACGAAGCGUCUGCGCGAAGACACGCUGCUCAAAGGCGCCUCCGUUGGAACAGCCAGCCCAUCCCUGAGUGGAGGGAUCUCAGUGUAUCAGACUAACUCCUGGAGGGACGCGCUGCCCGAUGAAUCGAUUUUGCUGCAGCAUGGAAACCAAAGCGCAGUCAUUCCCAGUCUGCUCUCCUUAUGGCGCAACGCUGUCAAGGCUAGUGGCACCUUCGAUUCAUCAAACCGCUGCCGGGUGUCUCCCCUCCAAGAUAUCACCCUAGUGGGAGAGCGCCUGAAAGGCAUCGGACAUCUCCCUGCGGCGACCCGCUCUACUCGCACACAGCCAUUUGAUAUGCUUCUCACGGCCGAACAUCGACUUGUGAUCCUCGCCCCACGGUUGACUGAGCCAGCACCAGCACCCGUUACCGAAUACAUCCCCGAGCCCGCCACUCAGGAAACAGACCAGCAGAUGCUCCAAAGGGGGCAGCUCGGCGUGGAAGGAAUGGACCGACUCCUUAGUGGCAUGGCGAGCACGAAUCGCUCACUCCGUAUGGGAAGUCCCAUCAAGCGAGCGCGGGUCUUCACUUAAGCAGACACAAUGUCGACAGCAGAACAGCCACCCUCCCUUUUUCCACAUAUGCUCCCCACAUGUUCCUAACAGAUGAAGCUGAGAUCAAAGAACAGAGAUACCCAUCCAUCACACUCACACCUCUCAUACCUCCUCUCUCCUCUCCUCCUCCACCCGUAGACCCCAUACCCAAAAUUCGCACUGCAAGGUGGAGCGCAAGGCGAGGUCCAUGCCUUGAAAUCCCUUCCUUCCCUCCGUUCAUCUCCCACGACCUCUAUCGUGCGAGAAAGACCGGGUUGGAAGGGAUAAGCUCUGUAUCGGUCGCGAGACAUCAACCAUCACAUCCCAUCCCAUCAUCCAAUUUUUCGUCCUUUAGAACUUUCUAAAGGACAAUCAAUCAAUCCUCCCCACAACCGGGUUUACCAUCAAGCCCAGAAACCACCUCAUUCCCAAACAUCGGACUGAGUCCUCUGCUCCUUUCCUUUUCUCUCCCUCGUGACUCGAUACUGAUCUAUCCGUCUGUAUUUCUGUCCGUGCGUUCUCGCAAAGAUGGAGGUUUUAUAUCUCCUAUCUGGACAGAUCUGGACGGAGCUGCCUACAUCAGUAUCAGAUAUGAGUGGAUGGGACUAAGGACUGCUGGUGUUGGGGGUGGGGUUGGGAAUAAGAGGGGUUGAUUUGGUGGGAACAUUUUCU